AUGGCUUUAAAAGUACCACUAAACCAAGAGAAAACAUUCUUCACCAUUAUGCUUUUACUAGGCUGUUUGUCAUGUAAAGUCAUUUGCGAAACCGGAGACUGCAGACAACAGGAAUUCCGGGACCGGUCUGGAAAUUGCAUUCUCUGCAAACAGUGUGGGCCAGGCAUGGAGUUGUCUAAGGAAUGUGGCUUCGGCUAUGGGGAGGAUGCACAGUGUGUGACAUGCCGGCCGCACAGGUUCAAGGAAGACUGGGGCUUCCAGAAAUGCAAGCCUUGUCUGGACUGUGCACUGGUGAACCGCUUUCAGAAGGCCAAUUGUUCAGUCACCAGCGAUGCCAUCUGCGGGGACUGCUUGCCAGGAUUUUAUAGGAAGACUAAACUUGUUGGCUUUCAAGACAUGGAGUGCGUGCCUUGUGGAGAUCCCCCUCCUCCCUACGAACCACACUGUACCAGCAAGGUCAACCUUGUGAAGAUCGCGUCCACAGCUUCCAGCCCUCGGGACACAGCCCUGGCUGCGGUCAUCUGUAGUGCUCUGGCCACUGUGCUGCUGGCCCUCCUCAUCCUGUGUGUCAUCUACUGUAAGAGACAGUUCAUGGAGAAGAAACCCAGUUGGUCUCUGAGAUCACAGGAUAUUCAGUACAAUGGCUCUGAAUUGUCGUGCUUUGACAGACCUCAGCUCAGCGAAUAUGCUCACAGAGCAUGUUGCCAGUGCCACCAGGAUUCUGCCCAGACCUACGGGCCUGUCCACUUGAUCCCGUCCUUGUGCUGUGAUGAGGCCUGCGGCACUGACCGGCCAGCGCUUGGUUGUGGGGUGCAUUCCAGGGCCACCCUUCCAGAGAGGAAGCCUAAAGGCCGUUCUUCUUCCUGCAGUGGAAGUGUGUGUCUGGAACCCAAAGGGCACCGCUCUGUUAGGCUUAUGGACUGA